UGUGCCAGGGUAUUUAUAUACAAUCAUAUUACAGCUAACUGGAGAGAAAAAUUAAGUUCAGCAACAACAAAGCAGUUGAACCAUGCUAGAAGUUUUCAAACUAAAAAAAAGUUAAUCUGUAUUUUCUUUUACCUACAGGCCUACCCACGGAUAGCGCCGGCAUUUUGGCACUACCUGCGGGUAGAAGAGCAUGAGCAGCUCAGCUAUUCCUCCACGAGGUCCAAGGCUCCAAGUGUUAUCAUCACAGGUCUCAAGCCAGCCACCAAGUAUAUAUUUCAUAUCAGAGUCAGGACUGCAGCAGGAUACAGCGGCUACAGCCAGAAGUUUGAAUUUGAAACUGGAGAUGAAACUUCUGAUAUAGCUGCGGAGCAGGGGCAGAUUCUUGUAAUUGCUACUGCUGCUGUUGGUGGAUUCACUCUCCUGGUUAUCCUCACUCUGUUCUUCCUAAUCACUGGGAGAUGCCAGUGGUACAUAAAGGCCAAAAUGAAGUCUGAAGAAAAAAGAAGGGCUCAUUUGCAAAAUGGACAUUUGCGCUUCCCAGGAAUAAAAACGUAUAUUGAUCCAGACACAUAUGAAGACCCAGCUCUUGCUGUCCAUGAGUUUGCAAAGGAGAUAGAUCCUUCAAGAAUUCGUAUUGAGAGAGUUAUAGGGGCAGGUGAAUUUGGAGAAGUAUGCAGUGGACGUCUGAAGACCCCAGGAAAACGGGAGAUUCCUGUUGCCAUUAAAACUUUGAAAGGUGGCUAUGUGGACAGGCAGAGAAGAGAUUUCCUGAGAGAGGCUAGUAUCAUGGGACAAUUUGACCAUCCAAAUAUUAUUCGCCUCGAAGGAGUUGUUACAAAAAGAUCCUUCCCGACCAUUGGGGUGAAGUCUCUUUCGAGAUUCCUGAGCGCGGGCUUUUUAAAUAGCAUCCAGGCCCCACAUCCAGUCUCCCGGGGCGGAUCUUUGCCCCCUGGCAUUUCCUCUGGCAGACCAGUAAUGAUUGUGGUUGAAUAUAUGGAGAAUGGAUCCCUUGACUCCUUUCUGCGGAAGCAUGAUGGACACUUCACAGUCAUUCAGCUGGUUGGCAUGCUUCGUGGAAUCGCAUCUGGCAUGAAGUAUCUCUCAGAUAUGGGCUAUGUACAUCGUGAUCUGGCAGCCCGUAAUAUUUUAGUCAACAGUAACCUCAUGUGUAAAGUCUCUGAUUUUGGUCUGUCACGAGUGUUAGAGGAUGACCCUGAAGCUGCUUACACCACAAGUGGUGGAAAAAUCCCCAUAAGAUGGACUGCCCCUGAAGCUAUAGCCUACAGAAAGUUCUCUUCAGCAAGUGAUGCAUGGAGCUAUGGGAUUGUCAUGUGGGAAGUGAUGUCCUAUGGAGAAAGGCCAUAUUGGGAGAUGUCUAAUCAGGAUGUUAUACUGUCUAUAGAAGAAGGUUACAGGCUUCCAGCUCCUAUGGGCUGCCCAGCUUCUCUCCACCAACUUAUGCUUCACUGCUGGCAAAAAGAGAGAAACCACCGGCCGAAGUUUACUGACAUUGUCAGCUUCCUAGACAAACUGAUCCGCAACCCCAGCUCCCUUCAUACCCUAGUGGAGGAUGUACUUGUAAUGCCAGAUUCACCUGGUGAAGUUCCCGAAUAUCCUUUGUUUGUUUCAGUCAUUGAUUGGCUAGAUUCAAUCAAAAUGGGUCAGUAUAAAAAUAACUUCAUGGCAGCAGGUUUCACAACUUUGGAUGUGGUUUCAAGAAUGAGUAUUGAUGACAUUAGGAGAAUUGGAGUUGUACUCAUUGGACACCAGAGACGAAUAGUGAGCAGUUUACAGACUUUACGAUUGCACAUGAUGCACAUACAGGAGAAAGGAUUUCAUGUAUGAAAGUACUAGAAGCAACUUUGUUUUGUGCCUCAGCAUUUCUAAAAUGGAAGAUAUUCUCAUUCCUCCCUUAUGUUCCUCCAACUUCAAGAACUGCAGUCUCCUGUUCAGACUAUAAACACGUACUUUUAUGUUAAUGCUUCCAAUGUGAAAUUUUUAAUCACACCGCAUAGUUCCUCCAUCAGUUACCUGCCAAUACAAUCCUGGUGCACUGCAAGACUGUUGCUACACACUGGUGAAUAAUUCAGCAUGGAUGUGUAACUUUGUAUAACAGUAUCUGGGAAACUUUCAUGGACUUCUUUGAAAGUAAUAGCCUAUUUGGCCUGGUGUGGCUUCCUUAUUGAUGUACUUAGAGUUUGAUGGUAGAUCAAAAAGUAAUUGACUUUUUCCAUGUUUUGUGAUCAUGUAGCUUCCAAUAUCAAAUGUGCAAUCAGAAAAAAAAGUUUGACAUAAAUAUUUAUUUUAUCUCUUAAAUAAAUCCAAAUAUAUGGGUCAUAUUGUUACCUUAACUUUGUAAUAGUUUAAAUGCUGGUAAGCUGGUGCCUGAAAAUGUUAGAAUUCUUUGCAGAAAUGACAAGUGAUUUCAUGUAGUGAAUUCUUGUUAUGUGUGACUAAGUGGGGUGCGGAUUAGAAAGAACUGAACUUUAAAUCUUCCUGAGCCCUGGGUUUAAAUUUAUUUGUAUAAGCAUUUGACAUUACAUUAUCCUUUAUAGAGUUGGUUGCAAAAUUGGUUCUUCAUUAGAAUUUUUCACCAAUUUUCAUCCUUUUUUUAUACUAAAUAUCUGCCUCUACCAUCUGGUGAAUAACCCUUGGAAAGGCUGCUGUAACAAUUCUCAAGCCACACAGAAUAUUCAGUUGUCAGCUAUACUGCUCACUGCAGUCACAUAGACUUUACAGAGCUUUCUGCUCCAAAAUCACAGGCCUCUACCUCUACAACUAAUGGAGAAUCUCCAUUAGGUUAGUAGUUUUAGGGCUUAUAUAACUUCUGUGGGCUAGCUAUUAGAGGGAUGAUGAGAUCCUCAUACUUGAGCAGGUCUGCCAUGCCAUCCACAAGAGAUCAGUGGAACACAAACAAACUAAUCACUACUGUAAGUUACGCUAUGUAAGAGUGCGGCAUUAGUUACUACAUUAUAUGUAGGCAGAGAGAGAAGCCUAGGACAUCAGUAUAACAAUAUGUUGCUUUGAGUCUACUUUAAUAUGUUUGCUGUUAGAAGUAAAAAGCAGACUAUGAUGAAAUGGAGUUCUAGUUAUUAACUAGCUGGUCUUCAUUUAGUACAAAUGUCUAACUGACAUCUAAGAUAAUUCUCUUUAAAACUAGAACUCUUUUUAAUAGCCAUAUUUACAUGCAAGGAAAUGGAUGCAAAGGCCGAACAUAAUAUUUGUACCUCUAUACGACUUAAAGCUUUCAUGCUCUAUUCAGAUGACUUACAUAGAUAUACUGGGCUACAUUUUCAAAACUUGCAUGAGAUAUGCGCUACUGUGAACCAUGAAAUGGGCGCAUGUCUGCAUGCUCUGAAAGCCACGCAAUUUUUACAUGCACGUCACAAGUAAACUGUGUGCAGAUGUUUGUGUUAAUUUGUAUACCAUUUUUAAAGUUAUGUGGAGCUACAAUAUACUUGAGCAUUAUUAAUUUUCAGUUAAAAAGAGCAUUUGGGGUGAUCAGUAAAAUGUGUAUGUAUUACAAAAUGAAUUAACAAGACUAAGUAAUCAUCAUGCUAUUUAUUGCUUAAUUUGCAGCUUAAAAAGUAUACUUCCUGACACUGAGGGAAAGUUGCUGUUAUAUAUGGAAGGCAGAGAAGGAAGAGCAGGAGCAGAUUCAGAAAGGUUUAUCCUUCUAACCAGUUUCACAGAGUAAGACACACUGGCUCUGAUUCACUGCUGUUACUCCACUUUUAUGCUGGGGUGACUCUACUGAUUUCAACAGAAUAAUGAUGGUGAAUCAAGUGCAUUUUGUUUGGUUUUGUUUUCUAAAGUUCUAACAGAGGAAUAGAUUUCCUAAAGCUAUAGAUUCACUAGUAUCCUUGAAUGCUAAUUUGCUGAAUAUGUUUCAAGAACUUAGACCCGAGUCCCACAAGCACAUACAAGAGUAAAUUUGUGCACACGAGAAGUCCCAAUGAACUGGACAGGACUCACAUAUGUGAGACUGUUUCCAGGAUCAAGGGCCCUUAAUAGAACAAACUAGCUGUAGUUCUUCUCUGUAAGGCGCUCUCCUGUAAAUUUCUGCCCAAAUUCCACAUUUAAUUUUUUGUUAAGAAGGGUUCUCUUAUGGAA